CUAGUGUUCGGCUCUCACCACUUGAUAAAUCACGAAACGUGCGCGACUCCGAAUGGUCAAUGUACAAAUCAACACAACAUCCUGACGAAAUAACUGUGGUUUCAGCAUAUUUCAACCUUGGCACAUUUUUAAAGAAACCUUACGGGGUGAGAGGCCUGAAGCAGUACAAAGACUGGAUGCAACGUUUGGCACAGGUGAAAAACUCUAUGGUAAUAUAUUUGGAUGACAAAGAAAUCAUGAUUUACCUGAAAUCGAUUCGUUCAGCCGCACUGGGAAGUUUGACCAAAUUCGUGAACUUAAAUCGAAGCGAUUUAUGGUCAUUUGGAAUGAAAGAAAACAUAAGUAAAAUCUAUUCAAUUCCCGGCUAUCCUAAAUAUUAUCCCUCCACUGUUAUACCAGAAUACACUUGUACUAUGCAUGCAAAGUUUGAAGUUAUGAGUCACGCAGUGAGGAGCAACUUCUUCAGAACUAAAUAUUUCGCCUGGAUGGAUGUGGGAUACUUUAGGAACAGAUCAUUGAAUGACAAAGCGUUUUCUCUUGGUAGACCUCCGGGUUUUGAUCCAGCUCGGAUAGCAUACACGGAAAUGUAUCCUUUUAAUCCAAACCUAACCCCAAAGGAGAUCACUCUAAAGUUUAUAACUUGGGUGAGUGCUGGCUUCUUUGUUGGAAGAGAUGAUGUGAUGCUGCGCUGGGUGAAUCAAUACAAACAAUAUGCUCAAAUUAUGUUAAAGGAUGGAUUGAUGAACACCGAUGAGACACUUAUCUAUUCUAUGUUUAACGAUAGGCGUAAUAACAACUCGGUACAGAUUCAAACAUAUAAACGCAGGAGUAAGUACCUUUGGUUUACUCUAGGCAACUUGUGCAUAAAGGGUGUAAAACAACCAUUAUGACGAACAAACUCAUUUACAUCCACCAUAGUAGAGCUGAUUAGGUGACUAAUUCUGGGGGGAGACUUAAAAAGUCACAACCAACCGUCGUACCUUGCGAGCCAAAGGAUUUCUUAAGUGAGCGUGAAUCGUCUUCCAUCUUUUCAGUGUAGUAUAGGUUACAGGUUCUCUGUUGUUUAUUUGUGAUAAACGUUUACAAAUUCAAAAGGGCGACAAAGUACAGUGUGUAGCUAAAACAAAUACAAUAAACUUAACUAAGUACUUGUAUA